AUGAACCCAUCAACCCGUUGGACGUCGAACCGGUUGGAUGAGGAAGUCGAACACGCUGGACCCAAACCCAGUUGCGACGUCAAACCCGUUGGACGUCAAACACGCUGGACCCCAACCCGUUGGGAUGUCGAAACCCGUCCAAGGAGCGCAUUAACCCAUGGACCCGAACUCGUUGGGAUGAACCCAUCAACCCGUUGGACGUCGAACCCGUUGGAUGAGGAAGUCGAACACGCUGGACCCAACCCCGUUGGACGUCAAACCCGUCCCAGGAGCGCAUUAACCCGUUGGGACGUCGAAUCCGUUAGAUGA